CACACUGGAAGCUAUUGAGAUGAAGCCUUCUUGCAUUCAGGACCCCAUGUUUCUUGCACCCGGCGAAGAUAUGUCUGAAGAUUGUCUCUACCUAAAUAUUUACGCCAAAGAAAUCAGUUCAAGGAAAGAGCCGUCCAAAGUCUUAGUGUGGGUUUAUGGUGGGGGAUUUUUCUACGGGUCCUACUUCAUGUACAACUGCGAGAGCUUUGUAACCAAUCAUGACGUCGUCGUGGUGACGAUUAAUUACAGGAUAGGAGCAUUGGGAUUUCUGAGCACCGAAAACGAGGCUAGCAAGGGAAAUUACGGCAUGUGGGAUCAGGUUUUGGCAUUGAGGUGGGUCAAGGACAACAUAGCUGCAUUUGGAGGAGACCCGAACGAUGUAGCUAUUGCUGGAGAAUCAGCAGGUGGCGCCGCCGUGUCGUUGCUGUCAGUUAGCCCGGCAGCCAAAGGGCUGUUUACUAAGGCCUUCUCUACAAGCGGAAGUGCCACCUCGCUCUAUGCUCAAUAUUCCAACGCUAAAAAUGAUGCGCUGGAAUUAGCGAAGAAAAUAAAAUGCUGGGAUGGGGAAUUAGAUGCUAAGAUCAACCUGCAACAAAGUGAAUACAUUGUUGAAUGUUUGAGAACACGACCAGCAGAGGAAAUAAUAAAAAAUGUUGUCUAUAAACUAGGGAUGCCGCCUUUUGUUCCAGUAGCCGACGGCGAAUUUCUACCACAAUCUCCGUUAAAACUUGUCAAAGAUGAUUCUUACAUGGAAUCUUUGGGUUUUUACGAGAGGUCGUAUUUGGUCUCUUUUAACAACUAUGAGAAAUCGUCGAUGGAACUUUUAAUUCAAAUGCACGAGGCAGACAUCGACGCGAGGAACAUCACAGGAGACGAGAAAGCCAGACAAAAGCAAGAAUUGUACCAGGAUGCUGCACAUCUUGCCAUCCGCAAACGUCUUGAGGUGGAAGACGUCUCUCAAGAAUUGUUAGAUCGUAUUUACGGAUGGUAUACACGUCGAUACACUGGAAUGAACUCCGUGGCUGCAUUGUAUACUGACUUGUUUUUUGAAAUGCCUUCUUUCGAAAUUCUCAACGUGAUGUCCCGGAAGAACACCACCAACGUGAGGCUGUUGUAUUUUAACCACUUCCCUCAAUUUGUGUCGGGUUCUAUAAGAGGGAUGCCCCAUGGGCUUGAUCUCGCCUACUGGUUUGAUAUCCCGUUGGAGGUGAUCCACAGUUUCGUGGGUGUUGAGUCUCAAGGAAACUUCGACGCUGAAGAUCACGAACUUAAAAGAGUGUAUUCUUCAAUCAUUGCUGACUUCGUUAAAACAGGAAAUGCCGAGAACGCCAUUCUACAAAGCCUCCCUGACGGUUGGCCGACCUACGACCCCGUUGAAUCGCAUUACCUUGACCUCAAUGCUCAUCUCAGCAUCCAACGUAACAUAGGACGAGAAAAACGGUUGUUAUGGGAGACGUUGGUUCCACAUUGGAUUACAGCUGACAGAAGUAUAGAGCACGUAGAACUGUGAUGAUUUGAAAUUGUAGAACUGUGAUGAUUUAAAAAUGGGGAACUGUGAUGAUUUACAAUGAAACAGGUUAUAUUAUAUUGUAUAGUAAUAGCUGUUAAAUAAAAACGGCAGGCCUCACUUGUCAAACUUUGGUAUUGAUAUAGGCCUAAAUAAUUUACGGCUGCGAGUAGUAUGUUGACUUUGAUAUAUUAAAUUAUGCA